AUGAAACCGUCUUGGCUGGGGUUGUCCCUCCUCUCACUGUUGGCAGCGCCUGUUUUGGGCGCGCCUUCAGAUGAAACCUUGGACGAGAAACCAGGUCAUACACUUGCCAAGAGGUGGGAUCGUGGAUUGGAUCCUGAGACACUUUCAAUAUUCAAUGGCGUUGAAGUGCCCCCGUUGACACAGCUGACACCGGAGAAUUUCGAGGAAGUUACCAAGGAUGGUCAUUGGAUGAUCAAACAUUACUCUCCUGGUUGCCCGCAUUGCCGGACAGCGGCCCCUAUGUACCAAACUCUGUAUGAGUACUAUUAUACCUCCAACCCCUUCUUCGCAUCCCCGACAAAGCCCGAUGAGCUCAAGUCUCAGGAAACUUUCACCAGCUACUACAAUCUCCAUUUCGGCUCCAUCAACUGCCAGGUCUAUGGCGACUUCUGUACGAAGAUGGGUGUAGAAUUCUUCCCCGCGUUUGCAUUUUAUCAGGCGGGCAUCCAGAAAGAGCCUCCUGCUGGUAUCAAAACGAUGUCGGAUAUUGAUAACCUGAUCGAGACCAAGCUUGAGACAAUCAAACCCGGGUCUCGACCUCCUCAAGGUGUCGAAAUCCCAAAAACCGGCGCUAAGAGCAUGGAAAUGACCGCCAAGCCUGAAGUGGUCAAGCCUGGUGCGAAAACAGCUGUCGAGAAGCAGAGCAUCGAGACAGCAGAAUUGGAGGGCGUUAGUGCCGAGUCCGUCAAGGCCAAGCUCCAAGGACGGCCUGCUAAUCCCCAGGGUGUUUCAAUUCCACUCACUGCGGAGAGUUUCCAAAGCCUUGUCACGACUACCCACGACCCUUGGAUCAUCAAGUUCCAUGUUCCUUGGUGCGGCCAUUGCCAAGCCCUUGCCCCGAACUGGAACUCGAUGGCCAAAGAGAUGAAGGACACUCUCAAUGUUGGUGAGGUGAACUGCGAGCUUGAGAAGCGACUCUGCGAGGAUGCCCGCGUCAGUGCCUACCCGACGAUCUAUUUCUUCCGUGGCGGCGAGAGAGUUGAAUAUACUGGUCUCCGUGGUUUGGGAGAUCUGAUCUCAUACACCAAUAAAGCCGUAGGGGUUGGCUCGAGCAUUCAAGAUGUCGACGCCACUACAUUCAAAGAGUUGGAACAGACUGAAGAGGUUUUGUUCUUGUAUCUCUACGAUCACGCAACCACGUCUGAAGAUUUCGAGGCUAUGAACCGCCUCACCCUCAGCCUUGUGGGACACGCUCGUAUUGUCAAGUCCGACAGUGCUGCUCUUUCAGAGCGGUUCAAAAUCUCCACUUGGCCUCGCCUUCUGGUCGUCCGCGAUGGACGUCCAAAUUACUACAAUGCUCUUGCCCCCAAAGACAUGAGGGAUUUCCGUCAAAUUCUCUCCUGGAUGCAGACUGUGUGGCUACCCAUUGUUCCCGAACUCACUGCCUCCAAUGCUCGAGAGAUUAUGGACGGCAAGUUUGUGGUUCUGGGACUCCUGAGCCGCCGCCGGAGUGACGACUUUAAGCAGUCCAGGCGCGAGUUGAAGGAAGCCGCUCUCGAGUGGAUGGACAAGCAGGUUCAACUGUUCCGCCUCGAGCGCGCUGAACUUCGUGACUCCAAGCAACUGCGUAUCGAGGAAGCCGAUGACCGCGAUGAUCAGCGUGCUUUGCGCGCGGCAAAGAAUAUGCGUAUUACAAUUCGCGAGGACGACAAGAAGCAAGUCGCCUUUGCUUGGGCCGAUGGCGACUUUUGGGAGCGCUGGCUGCGCACCACCUAUGGUAUUGAUGUGGAGACUGGUGACCGAGUCAUUAUCAAUGAUCAAGAUAACCGCCGCUACUGGGAUACUGCCUCAAGUGGAGCCCCUAUCAUGGCCUCGCGAACCUCUAUUCUUGAGACCAUUCCUCUCGUCAUCUCUUCUCCAUCGAAACUGUCACCUAAGUCUACCAUUGGCACCUUUGAGACGAUCUUCUUUUUCGCUCGGUCCCUUCUCAGCAGCCAUCCCAUCCUCUUCUUCAUCAUCCUGGGUGCUGUGAUUACUGUGGCCACCAUCCUUGGACGUGGGCGCCUCAGGCGCAGCGUUUCACGCGGUGGUAUCAUUGGAAACUCCAGCAACAAUGGUGGCUUCUUCCACCUGGACGGCAAGGAAGGUUUCCUGAACGGAGGCUCGACCGACAAAGUCGACUAA